AUGGCGCCUAAACCAAAGGCUCAGAAGAUGUCCAUCGGGACCUUCUUGGCCGAUGAGAAUUUUGGCUCUUGGGCCGACGAGAUGGAGGACAUGCCCUUGACCACCUCGGAAUCUCGUUCGACCUAUGGCGGUGGUGGCACUUCGGCCUUUGGAGAUCGUCGCGUUGUCAGCUCCAGCGCUGGAUUUGGAAACGGAUUCAACGAAGACCGCGAACGCCCUUCAUUCGCCUCUCGCAUCGACCUACCCUUGCCAACCGAACCCCCAUACACAGCCCAUAUCGGAAACCUUUCCUUCGACGCCAGCUCCACCGACGUCUCCGAGUUGUUCGCCGAUUGCGAAGUGACCAAUGUCCGUAUUGUCGAGGACAAGUUGAACCACACCCCCAAAGGCUUCGGUUACGUCGAAUUUGCCUCGGUUGAAGGACUGAAGAAGGCUCUUACUUUCUCCGGCACAUCCCUCCAAGGCCGAGGCAUCCGUGUUAGCAUUGCAGAGCCACCCAAGGAUUCUCAACAGUCUCGCGACUUCAGCGACUGGUCCAGGAAAGGCCCCCUCCCAGACUUGCCCCGCCGUGGAACCGACCGCCCUCAACGAGACUUCCCCGACAACGUUUCGGAGACCGGCAGUGCGCGCGGCGAGAGACGUCGAUUCGAAAGCGAUGGAAAGCCACGCGAUUUCAGUAACUGGGAGCGCAAGGGCCCACUGUCUCCUGUGGCCGGUGCACCCGGGCGUGAGGGCGGCCGACCACGCAACAUCGAGGGCUCUAGCUUCCGCAAAAGCUCUCCGGCAUGGGGAGAAGGCCGGUCCCAGGACGGUUCUCGACCACCCCGACGCGAAUUCCAAGAGCGACCGGAACGCCCAGAGCGGACUCCCACAGCAGCCGACCUGGAUAACCAGUGGCGAGCACGAAUGCGCCCUGAUGCUCCUCCUACACCCAAAGAGCCUAGCGCUCCAUCUUCACCUGUGGCAGCAACUGCGACUCCUGUGACUUCUGCGGCUGCCCCAGCGCCCGCUGUCCGCCCGAAGCUGAACCUGCAGAAGAGGACUGUGUCGGAAUCUGCCCCAGGCGCUGCUGCUGGCGCCGGUGACUCCAAGGCCAGUCCAUUUGGUGCUGCUCGCCCCAUUGACAGUGCCGCCCGAGAGCGAGAGGUGGCCGACAAACGUGAUCGCGCUCGCAAGGAAGCCGAGGAGAAAUCCAAGGCCGAGAAGGCAGAAAAGCAACGCCAAUCCAAGGAAAAGGCCAAGACUGAGAAGGACAGCGAUGCGAAUGGCGCCAAAGAUACUGAUCCCGAGGCCCCGAAGAAGUCAAAUUUCGAGCUCCUUCAACGGGCUGGUGAGGGUGAGGAUGAGGGCGCAGCAGACGAUGAGGACAAGGAAGCCACUGAAGAACCGACUGCCGCAAAAGAAGCGACGAGCGAGCCGGCCGCCGGCAAGCCUGCUACGGCUACUACUACUACUGGUGGUAGCUGGCGAAAGGCUGAGCCUGCUGCAGCCGCUGCAACCGAGGCCGAUGAAGAAGGCUGGAGCACCGUUUCGACUGGCAAACGCAACAAGGGCCGCGGUCGCGGUGCCUAG